AUGGCGGCAAACAAGAAGAAAACUGGUGCUGCAGUGUCGGAAUAUGAACGAGCGCGUCAAGAGAAAAUCGCAAAGAACCAGGCCCUUCUCCAGCAGCUGCAGCUCGACGCUCAGCACGUCGGAGUUGGACCCAAAUCAAGACCAAAACCAGCAUCGGCAGCUGGACAGAAACGAAAGCGUGAGGCCAAGAAAGAGAUUAAGGAAGAAGGGCCGAGGAGAACAUCGUCGCGAUUGAAGGGGAUCGUUGCCGACUCAGAAGUGGCCCGGCAGAAGCAAGAAGAAGAGAAUCAAGCGGUUCAACAGGCUCAGAUCGCGAAGAGACAACGAGUGAGCGCCGACAUCAAUCUCCAUGAUGCGAUCGUCAAUGGCACCAAUUGGAAUAGCGCAGGCAAUUGGCUGUCUACAGUGGGACCUGCGAACCCUGGCGAGAGAACGUUCAGCGAGCAAGAUAUCAAAGAUACAUCGGAUAAGGAAUUGAGGGCACUUAGAGAACGCAUGAGCGGUCUUGGGCUGUGGGAAGGUGCGGAACCGAAUAGGAUCAAGAUCACGCCUGAGAGGAUAUAUGCCCUUGGAUUUCACCCUACCCAGGAUAAAGCAUUGGUUUUCGCUGGCGACAAAAUGGGCAGUUUAGGUCUUUUCGAUGCAUCGCAGACUACACCAGAAAAGAUUAAGCAAGAAGCGGACGACGCAGACGAGGACGGUGAUGUCGACGACGAAAUAGAGCCAGCCAUCACCACUUUCAAGAUUCAUACCAGGACAAUAUCGGCCUUCCAAUUUGCACCGCAUGAUCACAACGCGCUCUACUCCGCCUCAUACGACUCCUCAAUCCGCAAGCUGGACCUGCAGAAAGGAGUGGCUGUUGAAGCAUACGCACCGGAAGACAAAGACGAAGAUGCUCCGAUUUCUGGAGUUCAGAUAUCUCACCUUGAUCCCAACAUGCUACAUUUCACUACGCUCGAUGGCCAAUUUGGCAUGAAGGACAUGCGAACUCCAACACAUCAAACCGCCGAACUCAUGCAGCUGUCUGAGAAGAAGAUUGGGCUUUGGGACCUGCGUAAGAUCACCGGCAAAGCUGGUGAUCGCGCACCGCAUCUCGUUGGCGAGCAUCUGUCGAAGCUGUCAGUCUCACACGCAGCAUUCAACGGAGCAGGGCAAGUCGCGACAGCUUCCUACGAUGAUACCGUCAAAAUCUACGACUUUUCGGAUUCGGGAGACUGGAAGGCUGGGCACUCGCUAACCGACAACGAGAUCAGUCCCGCGACUAUCAUACCUCACAACAAUCAGACUGGGCGAUGGGUAACUAUCCUCAGAGCGCAAUGGCAGAUGCAGCCUCAGGAUGCCAUUCAGCGAUUUGUCAUCGGCAAUAUGAAUCGCUUUGUGGAUAUCUAUACUAGUAAGGGUCAGCAAUUGGCACAGCUUGGAGGAGAUUCGAUUACUGCUGUACCAGCAGUGGCACAAUUUCACCCUACCAUGGAUUGGGUUGGUGCUGGCACGGCAUCUGGAAAGUUGUGUCUCUGGCAGUGA